ACUUACAAGUAGAGAGUAGAAUAGUUACAAGUGAGCUCCAGUCCGCUGCAGUCUGCUGUGCUGGUAACUUUUGGGAACAUCUUGUUUUUCCCUUCAAACACUUGAAGGAGAAUAAGAAUCAAUUAUGGAGGAAGAAAAUCCAGAACCAGGGCCAUCGAAUUGGAGACGCAGGCAUAACCAAAACAUCAGGAAUAUAAACGGGAAACCUGUACUCGUUCAAAAUAUUAACACGUAUCCAAGGAUCCAGCCCGCUCGAAUUCAGCCAAACCAAACAGAAUAAAGGACAGAGAAUGUUUAGCUCUAGAGGAGCCACCGGUCCUAACAGAUGUCAAAAGCCAAGAUCAAAUUAUGGAGUCAUUCAACCCAUACGUCAAUCGGGAGAAGAAAAAAGUAGAGAUUAUAAGCAAAGGACCAAGUACAUUCCAUUUAAAACAUUAGAAGAUAUCGCAAGAGGCGAUGCACAAGAUGCACUUCAAAAAAUUAAUAACCGAAGAGAAGCUUUCAUGAACAUUGUAGGGUCACCUAUAGACAAGCAUGAUAUAUUUGUGUUGGUCAUCGAAAUAUUAUCCAAAGUAUCCUCUUCGCCUUUCGUAGAGUUGAAAUGCAAAUUGAUUUUGGACGUCUGUAAUUCUGAUUUUAUUCCUAACUUAAGGAACUAUUUAACGGAUUUACCCUACGUAAACAACAAAAAAAAUAACAAUUUAUACUGGAAUGAUCAAGACACAUUUUGGAAAAACUUCAUAACUUUUUUUGGGGAGCUGGUUACAAUAGCUCCAUCUGUUGCUUCAAAAAAAUGUAGGGCUCUUAUUGACAGCGUAUCUAAGACGUGUCUAGAGUUUUUAAAUCAAAAUCAUGCAUUUGAAUUAUCACAGGAGUAUACAUUGAAACUGGAUGAAAUACGUAAUGAAAUGACAACUUUCAGUAAUAAAUAUCAGGCUCAAGUCGAUAGCUACAGAAAUAGAGGCGAACAUAUUAAUCAGGACAUGCCGCCGCCAGAAAACUUCCGUAUACUAAGCAUUGUGCCUACUCGCGACGAUUUAAUGGAUUCGACGCCUUUUGUACGCCCUAAUAUUGUACAGGGCGCAUAUAAUGACGUGGAGCAUUAUCUAGACGUCCAGUUUCGACUGCUGAGGGAAGACUGCUUUGGACCCAUAAGAGACGGCAUAAAACAGUUUUUGAGAGAACCGAAUAAAAGAAAAUAUGAUAAUGUACGAAUUUUCCACAACGUCAAAUUUAUUUGCCCCUAUGUCGCCAAUUUGAAAAUGGGAGCCGUCGUGCAAAUUGAUUUGAAAAGUAACAGACAUUUUAAAAAGAUUAAUUGGGCCCACAAUAAGCGGUUUCUCUUUGGGUCGCUCGUGUUAUUCACCAAAGAUAACUGUAAAAGUUUUAUUGCUGCUACAAUAGUAGAUCGUGAUGUCAAUCUUCUUUCCAAUGGAAAGGUAGGUAGUGCAUGUAGACUGUUGUUUUAUUACAAGAAAUAAAUAAAUAAAUGGGGACAACAUCACAUACAUUGUUCUGAACCCAAAGUAAGUUGCUAAAGCACUUGUGUUAUGGAAUUCAAAUACAACGAAGGUACCACAAACACCUAGACCAGAGACUAUGUAGAAAUGACCCGACCGAAUUUACAUUGACCCGACCGGGGAUCGAACCCGGGACCUCAGAGCUAGCGACACCUUGAAACCGGUGCGUACGCCACUCGACCACGGAGGUCGUCUUAGAAAUCCGACUUAUUGAUGGAAAAUGUAAUGUGUUACGUGACUUUUCAUGCAAAAAUGAUUAUUUUUGAACAGUCGUACCCGCCUCAGUGCAAGAUAGGCUAAACCGUCUUUGUUCCGCCAUUAUACAAAUAAUUUCGCAACGAGAGGCGCGCGUAAGCGGCGCCCGGCGGUAAACGGGAAAGACCCGUACUACAUAGUUACGUAUAACGAUUUGGUGUGAUCUGAUAAAAAAUCGGAUAUACCAGUGAAGUAUAGGUGUCAGUAAGUAAUAUUCAGCUGUGUCAACAGGGAGAAUGCCACAGAUGGCACGGACUGCUAAGAAUGGUGUAAGUUCACUUAUUCACCAUUGAUGGUACCUAUAAAGUACCUAUAUUAACCGCGACAGUGCCAAUAUUCGCAGAUAUUUAAAAGUUAUAGCUACCCAUCGGUAGGCGUAAUGCUGCUGCCUAAUUAGACGGAAUACUCGCCCGAUUACAAGUAUUUUUCCGAUUUAUAACAUAAUGGUCAGUAUUUAUCAAGCAACCAAUGCAUUCGUGCAUAAUUUAUAAUAUUAUGGUUCUAUGAAUAGAUAAUACGGUAUUUCUGUGUACUUUCGAAUAAAAAAUACAUUAUUGGUGUACAUUCACUUAUCCUUGCCGUUUCAAUAAGUACCUAAUGUGGUUUCUGAUUAUUUCUAUAAGUAGUGCUGAAUUUUUCGUGUAUUGGUGUUAAACAUUGUUAGUAUAGUGAUUGUGUAUCUGGGUAUAUAUCUGAUUUAUUAUGAAAUAAUUCGAUAAUCAUAGGUGUAAUUCAUGUGGACUUAGAAAUUUUACAUAGAUUCAUACCAACCUACAUUGUAUAACACUUUGUUUAGGAGUUGGUAAUUCAUUAUUAGGUUACAGCUUUAGUAGAUAAACAUUAAGUAAGAUUUAUUAUUGAAUCAUUAAGUAACUUGUGUAUACGUAAUAUAAGUAAAAGGUUUAAUUGUGGCACUAAAUACUUUAUGUCUUUAAUUUACGAAUUAGAUAAUUGAGUGUUCCAUGAAAUAAUUUACAUAUUAAUAUAAUCAAUGAAUCGAAACAUUAUUUGCUAAUUAGUAUAAUGAAAAUAUAUGUGUUGUCCUGAGAUACCCAAGAGUUAAAAAAAUACGUCGCUUUUAAAUUUUGAUAUUCUGAUUAAUUGAUCAACCUCUCGUAAACUUAUGACUAUGUCAUCAAACUGCAAUGUUGAUCUAGCUUCCUCGCUAGACCGUAAGCGAUUUAAACUUUGAAUAACGGUCAUGCAGGACAGCUUAUAUUCGUCUUAAAGUGAAUCCAUACAAGUGUACAAUUGGAUGUUUUUACUAGCUUCAUACUCAUUUCAAAAUCUCGUCUACCGAAUUGUAUAUUUAAUGACAAACGUUGCUAUUUUUUAACAGUUAGGACAUCUCGUAGUAAAUAUUUUGCUAAAGGCGUGUCUUGUACACUCACUACAAGUUUCAAUUUCUCCGGAUUUUGUUAGAUGUAAUUAAGUACCUAUUUCAUAACACAUGUAACGUGAUCUCUUUGCUGUGUACAUUGUAAACAUAAUAAGUGUGAUUUGUUCAAGUUAAUAGUUUAUUUAUAUAGUUAUGUGUGACUGAAUAAUGUUCGAAGUUUUAAUUUCAUAAAUUUAUAUUCUUAUAGCUACUGAUAGUGACUUACACAUAGCACAUGGUUCCGGGGCAAAUGUUUAUUCUUGAAAUGUAAUGGAAAUUUCCCUUGGAACAACGACGCUACAUCGUUGGUGCAUGUAGAAAUGCCAUUUGUAUUCUUUAAAAUGUUCAUGUAAUCAAUGUUCUAUAAAAUAACGUUAAUGAUAUUAUGGUAGAUAAAAGGAGAAUAAUAUAAUUGGACGUAGUGGUGUGUUUGAAGGAACUUCUAGGUAGUUAGGUACAUGUGAAAAUGUUAUAUUGUUGUAUUAAGUUUGUCUUAUGUUAAUUAUAUACGUUUUUUGUUACUGUAACAUGAAAAAAUCAAACGAUGUGUUUUAUCUAUUUUUCUCAUAAAAGCCAAAAUUAUAUAUUGGGUCUUAAUGACGUCAAAAAACAAAGUUCUUGAACAUAAAGUGGUCAUUUUGCAGAAGUUUUUUACUAAGUACACUGGUCACCAAAGUAAGCAGGGUAAACAGGGCCAUACCUAAUUAAUUAUACGAAUAAAUAUUAGGUUAUGAGUAAUAAUGGAAUCUGAAUCCAAUCAUUUAAUCUCUGUGAAAUGUCCUGUUUCCGUUCUGGAGCGUAUGUUGUCAAACGAAGUUUUUGUCGUGGCGCAGUGAGCAGACUUUCAAUAAAACUUUUUUAUGUAUAUAUUUAAGUUUACGUUAUUUAGUUUACUUAGCCGCUGCGGGGUAGGCUUAAUUUGAAUAGUUUUUGUAAAUAAAAUAAGACGUGUAGCAUAAAAUAACAUGUGUUAAAUGAAUGACUAAGGGUUGUGACAUACUAGAUAGAACGAACUUUUGGAAUUUAUGAAUGUAGUCAAGUGUACCUACCUACAUAACGAAUUAUUCAGACUAACAUAUGAUAAGAAAAAUAUCUAUAUUUUGUCUGUGCUAUGAUCUGCGGAAUGCAUCCCAAUUGAUAUAUUAAUUGUUAUUAGAAGUAUAUUUGGUAAAUAUGGAUGUGUAUUGCGUAGUUAUGAAAAUAAGUUCGGUACAUAAUCUGUUGUAGAUGAACGCCGCUUGUUUCUAUUUAAACUCAAUUAAAAUGUGGUUUUUAACUUGAACAAAAUUCUUGUGGGGUGCGUUUUACAAUGAUUGACUUUACUAGUUUUUGUGUAAAAAGGAAUUAAUGUUACAUUGAUAUUACUUGAUGUAAUAAAAAAAUAAACCGUA